AUGGAGAACGAAGAAGCCUUUGAAGCGGAUGCCGAAGUUGAUGGGCUCGAGCAAAUGCGCUCGCGCUCUGCAUAUCGAUCUACGCAGAAGGGGCACAAUACUAUAAAAGAGGCCUUAGGUGGUUUCGAAUCUGAGAGAGAUAUCCAUAACGAAGAGUCGCCCCUGCUUUCCCCCGAUCGUGGAAAUGGAGGUAGAGAAGCGUCUGAACAGGGGGCCGGCGAGACAAUGGGGCCACCCAAGGGGGACGGCGAGGGAGAUUUCGAGGGGCGGCCGUGUUCUGGCUCCUUCCUCCCCUUCUUCCUCUUCACCCUAGCCUUCGGCGGCACACUCGUCCCAAGAAUAAACCUCAUCCUCUCUCUCAUCUGCGAAGAGUAUUUUGCCGAGAGGUCACUUCAUGACCCAAGCUUCCACAUGAUGCCUGUCAUACUGGGUGACGAAAACCCGCAAUGCCGGAUACCAGAAGUACAAUCGCUAGUCUCAAAAUUCACUCUAUACUGCAACCUCGCAGCAGGCCUGCUAUCAGCGGUUGUCAGCCCCAAAUUAGGAGCGCUCUCAGACCGCUACGGACGAAAGUUGAUGCUUUCAGUCACCAUUCUGGGCACAAUACUCUGCGAAACUGUCAUCAUAGUCGUAGUGAGGUACCCGGACACUUUCUCCGUCAAUUGGAUACUCCUAGGCUACGCCUUAGACGGGCUCGGAGGCUCCUUUAUUGCAGCGAUGGCACUAAGCUAUGCUUAUGCCAGUGACUGCACAGCGCCCGACAAGCGCAAUGUCGCGUUCGGAUAUUACCACGGGUCUCUUUUCUGCGGCAUAGCCAUGGGCCCAAUCCUUGCGGGCUACUUCGUCAAAGCGACUGGCCAGCUUCUGUCUAUCUUCUACAUUGCCGUCGGAGCACACGGCUUAUUCCUCCUUUUCCUCCUAUUGAUCGUUCCGGAAUCCCUGUCUAAAAAGCGCCAACUCCGCGCUCGAGAUGACAGUGAUUUUGUUGGCGCAGGCGAACAGCGGUCCCUUUCGGACUGGGCGUCAUACACCAUCAAGCUACUUACUGGGACGAAGCUGCUCCAACCUCUCGCUAUCCUCUGGCCUACAGGCGAAGGUACUAAUCCCGCCGUGCGUCGGAAUCUGGUCUUCCUUGCGGCUGUCGAUACAACAAUGUUUGGCGUAGCAAUGGGCUCUAUGACCGUCGUCAUCAUUUACACAGGGUACAUGUUCGGCUGGGGCACUUUAGAGCAAGGUACCUUCGUCUCCAUUGUCAACAUCGGUCGGGUCUUUACGCUCCUCGUGGUCUUACCUGUCGCCUCUCGCAUCCUGCGUGGCCCGCGGAGGAAUUCUGUGCAGAGAAGUUCAGGAUGUGAUAAUAUUGACCUAGGCUUCAUACGUACGGCCAUUUUCUUCGACCUGCUGGGCUUCAUUGGCUACAUUACGGUCAGAAGUGGGAGCCUCUUCAUCCUGUGUGGAGCAAUCGCGAGUAUUGGAGGUAUGGGGUCGCCAACGCUACAGGCUGCAUUGACGAAACACGUCCCGCCAGACCGGACCGGGCAAGUUCUGGGAGCGAUGGGGUUGCUACAUGCUUCGGCACGCGUUGUAGCACCGACAAUAUUCAACCUUAUCUACGCGAAGACUGUGGGGAAGUUUACGCAGACGGUAUUUGUGUGCUUGGCAGCCACGUUUGGGGUGGCUUUCAUUUUGAGUUGGUUCAUUAGGCCGCAUGUAUAUUGGGACCAGAAAGAACAGUCGAACAGUAGUCCUAGCGACGAUACAGCCAACGGAGACACACUUCACGGAGAUGACGAUGUUGUAAGAUGA